GGAGGAGGAGAAGGAGGAAGGAAGAAAGAAGCAGUGGAGUGGAUCGGAGCGGAGUGGAACGGAGUAGAGUGGAAUGGAAUCGUGGAGUGGAGCGGAGUGCUGAGAAUAUGAUUGUGGAGCCAGUUUGGUCGGAGAUGGAUAAUGGCUCUUUCCCGAGGUCUGAGAUGCUGUGCCCGGGUGUUUUCCUGGAUACCUGUCCUCAUAAUCACCUCCGUGGUGCUGUGGUCCUACUACGCCUAUGUGUUUGAGCUAUGUUUAUUCACUAUCAGCAACACAUUGGAGAAGGUGGCCUACCUACUGGUGUUCCACGUGUGUUUUGUGAUGUUCUCCUGGACCUAUUGGAAGGCCAUCUUCACUCCUCCUGCCUCACCCUGCAAGAAGUUCCAGCUGUCGUACUCCGAUAAGGAGCGUUACGAGAUGGAGGAGAGGCCUGAUGCUCAGAAACAGAUCCUGGUGGACAUCGCUAAGAGUCUCCCCAUCUUCACUAGAGCUACGUCUGGAGCUAUCAGGUUCUGUGACCGGUGCCAGGUGCUGAAGCCUGACCGCAGUCACCAUUGCUCUGUCUGUGAAAUGUGUGUCCUGAAGAUGGAUCAUCACUGUCCAUGGGUGAAUAACUGUGUGGGAUUCUCCAACUACAAGUUCUUUCUGCUCUUCCUGUCGUACUCCAUGGUCUACUGUGUGUUCAUCUCUGCCUCCGUCUUCAGAUACUUCAUCAACUUCUGGGUGGGGGACCUGCCAAACGGACCCGCUAAGUUCCACGUUCUCUUCCUGAUGUUCGUAGCGUUGAUGUUCUUGGUCAGUCUCAUGUUCCUGUUGGGUUACCACUGCUGGCUGGUCGUCCAGAACAGGUCCACACUAGAGGCAUUCUCUGCUCCAGUCUUCCCUACAGGACCAGACCGUAAUGGUUUCAAUGUGGGGAUCAGGAGGAACCUGCAGCAGGUGUUUGGAGAGAACAAGAGACUCUGGUUUCUACCGAUCUGCACCAGCCAAGGAGACGGCCACUACUUCCCUCUGAAGAGCCUGAGUGAGUCCUCAACUUCUCUAUUAGCCAAUGAGGAGAAAUGGGAUGAGGAAGAGGAGUCAGAGGACGACAACAUAGGUGGUGACAGGGAUCCCUCUGUUACCGUAGAGAUGGACGAAGAGGAGUAGGAUCACUUUAUGGACCUUUAUAAAGGGUGCAGUACCCUGAGGAGGCUGACAAACCUACCCUGAGGGACCAUCAGACACACGGAAGAACUCAACGUGCAGCCAAAACGUUUUCAGAUGUCACCAUCUCAAUAUCAUGUAUAGUUUUCAGUUCACCAUGGAGGAAGGACAAUGUGUCGGGGAACAGAAGUCAACCGCUAUAUCACAUUACACGAUUGUUUUAAGAGAAAGACCAUGUCUAGCACUGUCUCCCUACCUCUCCUGUAUUAUUGUGUAUCUUAUAUAGUACUAGGCUGCUACCUGGCUUUUAAUUUCUCGACAGUUUUUUUUUUGUUUUUUUUUGCCCGUAUUUUGUUAAUGUAAAUAGCUUUGUGAUUUACAUCUUUAAAUGAAAAGAGAUCUACAAAUGUAAAUGUAUUAUCAUUAUUCCAUAUGCAGGGCCCUUAAGGCCCAAUCAGAAUGGAGAAAGCCCAUUAAAACCACCAAUGUAUUUGUUGCCAUCCUAUGGCCAUA